UGUGAUGAGGUCAAGCCGUUUGCACGCGUUGCGACCAUGCACAACGCGAAUGUACAUGGCCGUCGGAGAUGCAACGCAAGGAAAUUCCGCGUUUCCGACCCUCUUACAGUGCUGAACAUGAUUUGCGUUCAUAUCGGGCUCCUUCUUCCAGUCCUCCCUCCUACCCUUCUUCCAGUCCUCCCUACCCUUCGUCCAGUCCCCCUCGGACGCAGGAAGCAUGGUUUCAGGGACAUGAUGACAGCAUUGCCGGCCCUAGUGGGAACGAAUCGGGGGAUGACUAUGGCCGCAUGGCUGGUUCAGGUUAUCUUGACUUAUCAUAUCUUCCUCAAUCCCUAUCUCAUCUGGUCGGAGCAUACGGAAACAUCAGUCUCUAUCCCAACCAAACGAAUGUGUACCGAACCGGGCAGCAACGCAAUUUGAACCCUGAUGUGUCCGGCUUGCAGCCGCUCGGAAUCGACCACAAGUCCUCUCUUCCCCCUGAUUCGGCACCCUCUCCUGAGGAAGCAGCAUUAGCUGGGUAUAGCUCGGCUGGGGCACGCACAGCUGCUGGAGACAAGCAAUGGAGCAAUUCUCUGCCCAUGGUCAAUUCCAUGCCUGACCCUAUCGAGCCGAUGUUCAAGACGCUCAAGGAAAGAGAGUUGAUUCGUCAUUACGCAGGGAGCAGCACAGAGCUCAUUAUGGCAGUAAAUACGUCAGCAGCGCUCAAUCCUGUUCUUUCCACUGCUCUUCCCAUCGUUCUCUCUGUUCCUCCGCGCACGAACGCUCCUGUCGAAGCGCUCCGUCUUUCUCUUCUCGGUGUCGCCGCCAUACACCAAUCAUUCCUUCAUUCACACUCCAACUCGAACAGACAACUACUUGAGAAGUCAACUGUGACAAACAUGCGUGCUGCGGAGAAGGGUGCACCGUUACCGUCAGGACUCUUGGGAGACGAAGGCGAACAAGAUGCAGCUGAGAAUCUCAGGUUGGCGCUUUUGCUUAGGCAGAACGCCUCCAAAUGUUUAUAUUUUGCGUGCCAAUCGCUGGAAGGGUCGUUACACGAUGCGGCUUUGGCCGCUAGUGCUUCGAUUGCUUUGAUAGAUAUCUUCGCUGGUGGGAAUGACUAUGAGUCGAACUUGGCUCUCGCGAAACAGUUGAUCGCUAUUCGGGGAGGUCCAGAGAACAUCGUCGCUACUAAUACGCCAGCCAGAACAUCCUUCGGUGGAGGCGUGAUUGUUUCUCCUGCAAGGCUGGCACUGGAAAUCAUUGCAGUGUACGAUGUUUUUGGCUCUCUGACCACUGGAGAAGAACCAGCUUAUCUGGGGCAUGGCGAUGUGCGAUGGUGGUUGGAUGGUAAUGACCAAAAUUACCAUAAAUACUCGGUGGAGAAAACCUUUGCCAUGUCAAGGAUGUGCAUUCACCUUGUAGCCAACGUCAGCUCUUUACUGUCGCGCCUGAGCGCUGUUGAGGGGACGGAAAGUUUCACAAAGAUUCCUCCGGAUCCUAAGAACGUCCCUGCCAGUGCUCUUAAUCUUCAUACUGAAGCCACCGCUCUCCUCGGGAGAUUGGAAGAAGAGGCAAACAGCGAUGCAGCCCGUGCCCCCCGAACUGCCACCGGUGGUGCGAGCGGGAGCCUCGGUGGCGGAGGUCUUGGAGAGGACGAGAUUCCUCUCCCGCCGAACGCAUCUCCCGAUUACCCUCAGACGACUGCACAGCGCAUUGAACAUGGAACUCAGGCUCACCUGCUUGCUUUCCAGAUCGUUCUUCUACGUCUCGUGUUCCACAUGGACCGUCAUGAUCGUCGUGUGCAGUCCUUGGCGAACGAGAUAAUCACUCGUUGCCACACAAGCGCCACAUCACUGCAGAUGCCAAUCGAUCUCACAUGGCCCGCGAUAAUUGCGGCCUGCGAGUUGGACGUUCAGAAACGCGGUUUAGUGUCUGAGAUUUUCGAAGGAUUCAGGAAGAAAAGUUGCUAUGAUAUUGAUACUGCUGAACAAAUUGUCAAUCGCGUGUGGCGGCGCGUGGAUCAAAACCAACCUCAAGCAAACUGGAAGUCCGUGCUCGAGGACGACCGAAUGAGAGUUCUUCUAAUAUAACUAUCCGCUUGUCAACAUUCACAUCUCAUAACAACAAUAACAAUAUUGGAACUCAGUCA